AUGGAGAAGAACAGAGAUCAUAGAAGCCCAAAGACCACCACCGGCGACGAAGAAAUGGCGGCGGAGAAGCUUCUUAAACCGGUUCUUCAAAAACCACCAGGCUACCGUGAACUCCACGCAACACCGGAAACUCCAAACGGACCAUCAUCAUCGACGCUUCGUCGCCGACCACCAAAGCAUUUGAUUCCGGCGUCGUUUUACCCGGAGAAGAAGAAACAUUGGAGUCGUUGCCGCGUUUUUUGCUGCUGCUUCUGCAUCACCGUCGCAAUCGUGAUCCUCCUCCUUAUCCUCACCGUCUCCGUGUUCUUCCUCUGGUACAGCCCCAGGCUCCCCGUCAUACGCCUUGCUUCUUUCCGCAUCGGUGGUUUCAAUUUCUCCGCCGGAAAAGCCGGCGACGGAUUGUCCAUUUUGAUGUCGGACGCCACGGCGAGGCUGGAUUUCAGAAACCCUAACGGAAAGCUACUGUACUAUUACGACGAUGCUGACGUGGCGGUGAGUGUCGGAGACGGAGAUUUUGAAACGAAUCUUGGGUCAACAAAAGUCAAAGGGUUUAUAGAGAAGCCGGGAAAUCGGACGGUUGUGAUUAUUCCGAUCAAAACGAAGAAACAACAGGUGGAUGAUUCGACGGUUAAGAAGCUUCGAACGGAGAUGAAGAGUAAGAGGUUGGUGGUGAAAGUGACGGCGAAGACAAAGGUAGGAUUGGGUGUGGGAAGGCGUAAGAUUUUUACGGUGGGGGUAAGUAUCAAAUGUGGUGGUGUGAGACUACAGACGCUUGAUACACAGAUGGCUAAAUGCACCAUCAAAAUGCUUAAAUGGAUUAAGCUGCACUCAUAA